AGGUCAACAAACCAUUGUAUAUAAGAUAAGAUUCAACUUCAUUGAUUGUUGGUGUUGAUCGUAUAAAAGCUUCAAUGCAACGACUGAUUUGAUUCUUGCAAAAUGUCGCGGAAUUUCCUUAUUAUUUUCGCAGCCCUCUUUACGGGAUGUUUCGGCUUUUAUUUGAAGCAUCUGCCGCUUCUGGACCAUCGUAUCGUAGGUGGAAAAUCAGUUGACAUUCUGGAUCAUCCUCAUCAAGCGAGUUUAUUAUUUCAAUAUGAACACCUCUGUGGUGCUUCUGUAAUUAGCGAAAAAUGGGUUAUAACCGCUGCUCAUUGUAUGAGGUUUCCACAGUAUUUUUAUUUAGUAUCGGUGGGUAGUAAUGCUACGAAAAGCGGUAUAAGAUAUGGGGUCAACAAAGUUAUAUCCCAUCCAAUGUUCGAUCCUGCAACUUUAGAUUACGACGUCAGUCUUAUUGAAGUCCAAGAAAACAUAUAUUUGAAUAACGAAGUAAAGCCGAUAAAACUUACUUUCUCAGAACCAACAUAUGGUUUUAUGAAUGUCACUGGAUGGGGAAAAUUAAAGGAAUCAGGCGAUGAUCCAUACUCUUUGCAAGGAGUAAAUGUGCCCAUUAUUAGCAGAGAAAACUGUCAAGCAGCUUACAGAGACAUUGCUAAUAUAACUGAACAUAUGAUUUGUGCUGGUAUGGAGAAAGGUGGUAGGGAUGCCUGUCAUGGUGAUUCCGGAGGACCACUUUCAGCAAAUGGUACACUUUAUGGAAUCGUUUCAUGGGGACAUGGAUGUGCCCAACCAAAUUAUCCCGGUGUAUAUACUAACAUUGCAUCUUUACGCUCCUGGAUUUUGAAAAUGAGUGGUGUUUAAUAUGAUUUAAAUGAAAAAGUGCGUGUCUAUGUAUAUAUAGUUUUCGUUCUUAGAGAGGCCAAAAAGGUGUCUAUCAAAGAGUACCCCUAUCACGUGUCUAUUCAAAAAUUCGGAAAGCACAUAUGCAGUGGUGCAUUGAUAUACGAAUCCUGGAUUUUAACCGCAGCAUCCUGCGUAUUCAACUCGAAGACAUCCGAUGUUAAGAUACGCGUUCGUUCUGAAUCUUUAGUAAGCAAGGGAGAUAAUUUGGAUGUGAGUAACAUCGUUAUCCACAAUAAAUUUGACAAAUAUGUUAAUAUCAACGACAUAGCAUUGAUAAGGUUGAAAAUGCCAGUAAUGUUUGGGCAAAAAUUGCAACCGAUUGGUUUGCCAGAAAAUACGGACAUCAUUAAAGAUAAUACCAUAUCUUUCGUUACUGGCUGGCAACGAAAAUCGUUUCAGAAAAUAUCUAUUGAACCUGAGUUAUCGGUAAUAAGUGUGAUGACCGUAAAUCAGAAGAGAUGCGCAUCCCUGAUGCCAAGCUACAAACCACUCUCCGAGAAAAUGCUUUGUGCUGGUAACAUGACUAAAGGAGUGGAAACGUGUCAGGGAGAUCUAGGAGCACCUCUCAUGGUAGACCAGAUGCUGAUUGGGAUUCUAUCCUAUGGAUUAGGAUGUGAAACUAUGCUACAUCCGGGUGUCUAUACCCGUAUCAGUAAUUACCUUGAGUGGAUUGCAUCGAAUUCGGGUAUCCACUACUAAACUAUUAAUUUAGAAAAUUAGAAAAAUUUAGGAAAUUAGAAAGUAUAUAUCAGAAAUGAUCGCGCAGCCAUCUAUAUUCGAGAACAAUGUCUACCUAAAAUAUUGUAAUCAUUGGAUAUUUAUAUAGUAAUAAAAAUAUACAAAACUACUUUUCUUA